CGUUAUUUGCUGAAUAAGUUACGUAUGAGACCGGUCACCGGUGCAAAUCUACGCUUUCUUUGUUCAACGUUCGUCGAGUUACGUUCUCUCGUCCUUAGAAACCAAGAAUUAUACAUCAAUCAAAAUGCCGGCUCUACAGAAACCAGCACCACAAUUUAGCACAACGGCCGUUGUAAAUGGCCAAUUCAAAAACGUUUCCCUUUCCGAUUACAAGGGUCAAUACGUUGUAUUAUUCUUCUAUCCCUUGGACUUUACUUUCGUAUGCCCAACCGAGAUCAUUGCAUUCUCGGAUCGUGCUGACGAAUUUAAGGCCAUUAAUUGUCAAGUAAUAGGAGCAUCAACCGAUUCUCAUUAUACUCAUUUGGCAUGGAUCAACACACCACGCAAAGAUGGUGGUAUCGGUGAAAUGAACAUUCCACUUCUUGCUGAUAAAAGUGGCAAGAUUGCACGCGAUUAUGGCGUACUUGAUGAAGAAUCCGGAAUACCGUUCCGUGGUCUUUUCAUUAUUGACGAUAAACAAAAUUUGCGUCAAAUCACCAUCAACGAUUUACCAGUUGGAAGAUCGGUUGAUGAAACCCUGCGUCUAGUACAAGCAUUCCAGUAUACGGAUAAAUAUGGAGAAGUAUGCCCAGCUGGUUGGAAACCAGGCAAGAAGACCAUGAAACCUGACGUAGUCGCUUCUAAAGAAUAUUUUAAGGACUCGUAAAUGGUUUAUGUUUUCUUUUGUUUUUUUUUUUUU